CCCCGUUCUCCAUAAGAGUUUGCUAUUCGAGGAGAAGCAUAAACUGCAAAAAGGCCCCUCUGCCCUUUCCUCUGCUUUGUGCAUAUCGGAUGACACGAAAUUUCAUGGUCUACACCUUUACGGAGACCAAAAGUUGGCACGUUGAGGGGCUGACCGAUGACCAACUUCUGGCCGAAUGAAUGCCCGACCGACCAACCGACCAUCCAACCGAGUCACCGCCUUGCGCGUGCUGCACACCCAAACCCCCCAUUUUGUCAUCUCCGUUUAAACAAGGGGCGAAGAAAAAAUGAAAGAAAGCAAAGUGAAAGGAGUAAAAAAUGACAGAAGAAAAAAGUCAUAACGAACCAACCAAAAAUGAAAGCAGCGAAAAUAAGUACCUCUCCCAAAUAUACUCCUUCCUAAAUUCCAGUUAUAUUAAAAGUUCUUUUGAAAGUAAGCCUGAAGAUGGUCAGAACAAAAAAAAGAGAAGAAAUUUGUCUUCUCGAAAGGCUUAUGGCUACCUCGUGCGGAGGUUUAAGAAGGUUGCCAUAGAAUGCGACUUAUACUUGGAAGAAAUUCAAGUUCAAAAUGAAAAUGAGAAAUUCAUCGUUCAAAUAUUUGGGAGGAAUUCCGUCACGUUAAAGAAGCUCUACAGAAAGAAAAAGAUGAUUGACCAUUAUUUUUUCCUCCUCAUUUUGUUCAACAUCUUGUCCAAUUUGCCCUACACCAUUAUACCAAUUCAGAAGUUUGUAGACAUUUGCGAUAGUUACAUAACUCGAGGUGUGAAACUCCUGAUGAAGUUGAACGCGUCCCACUACGGUAGGAAGAAGCGAAUUCACAAAAUUUACUUCGAGUCGGUUUUCUACCUAUUUGUGUCAAUCUGGAAUAAUCACUAUUUUGACUUUUCCCUGUCCAACACCAUGGUAAUUUUGACCUUUUUUUACAAAAUUUACAUUAUCCUGAAAAAGCUGGAAAUCCGGAACGUAAACCUGUUUGACAACAUAUACGUACUGUGCGCGUCUUAUGUGAACAAAAUAAACUCCAUGUUCAGCACGUACCUCAUCAUCAAGCGGAUGCUCAUAGACGAGUGCGAAAUUAAAAUCAUCAAGAAGAAAAAAACCUUCCUGAUUUUACCCAUUUUCAUCGACAUUAUAAAAAUCCUGGACGUGUACGAUGAAAUUAUAAAAAAAACAAACAUAAGUGCCUUGGUCAAGUUGUACGAAGAGCUGAAAUUAUUUCUCCUUUUUUUUUUCCACAAGUUGCUGUACAAUUUAAUAACAGAGCAGGACAUGCUUCCGCGCAACAUUUUUAAAUACCUCCAAAUUAAUAACAACAUCGCAUCCAACCGGAGAAGGAGAAGUGGCAAGGGGGACGAUUCCCAUAAGAGGGACUCCAGUGAACUGCACAACAGCUUUUACAAGUACACCAAUUCGAUCAACGAGAAUUUCGUUUUUUUCUCAUUUUUCGAAAAUUUUUGCUUGUUUAAUACUUUCACCGAAAGGGAAAAGACAAACGAUUUUUAUUCCUCCCUGUCCCUUUCGUUCAACUCAAUAAAUUCGACCAGCUCUUCCAACGAAAAUGACCAAGGGAGAGGUGCCAAGUACGCAAAGGGGCAUGUCGAAUCACCUGAACUAGGCUAUAAUGAUGCCUUCAGACAAAAUGAAGAAAGCGAAAAGUCGUCCCAAAUUAUAAGAAUGCACAAACACAAAAUUGACAUCCUUGAUAUGCAAUAUAAUCAUUUCUUCAUUCAUAAAUACAAAAAUGAAAAUAAAUUUAUUUUACUCAUUAAGAGUUACUUCAAUGAUUACUUGUGUGCUCUCGUGAACAGCUUGUACAUUUACUCGAAAAUUAUUUACUCCGAUAGGAAAUAUGGUGCAGCUGACUGUAAAGAUGAUGGCGGUCUUGAUGAGGGGUACCACAAGGAAGGCAGCAAUUCAGGGACGGAGAAUCAGCUAAACCGAAAUGAAGAGAGACACAAAAUGGGACAGCAGAGGGGGGAUCUCCACGAGUCGUCCCCCUUGGUGGUCUCUUCGUCAGCACUGUCCUCAGGCCCCCCCGGUGAGAAGCGCCAUGACGGUGAGAAAAAUUCCAGCGUAGAUCGAAAAUUGGGCACAAUAGUAUUGGACGCAGAUAAGAUGGCCCCAAUCGACAUUGGCGCCACUGACGUGACCACGCUCCGAGCGGGCCCCGGUGAAGUGGGCGAGUUCCACCUGAUCCACAGGCAGAAGGUGCAGAGGCAAGAAAGCAACUCGCCGAAAAGCAAGGGGAAGAAAAGGAAAACAGGAAAAUUCCCCCACGCACACACAAAAAUUGUAAACGUUUUAACAAGCUUCGUGGAGGUAAUAUACAAAAAUAUAUUCAAAAAAGUGAUCAAAAAAAUACACACAUGCAAAAGCAUAAGCGAUUUGAAGCUCUAUUCAUACAUAGAAAAAAUAUACGCAAAUGACACGUACUACUGCUUAAAAAAGAGGUUAAAAAAUUUUGCUUCGUUCUUUUCUUCUCCGUUACGCUCAAAAAUUUAAUUAAAAGUUAUGUAUAUAAAAUAAAAAAGGAAAAAGUAAGCAAAAAGAAUUUGGAAGAUUUCCAGUCCAUCAUCAUAUACGACACGUGCAGCUUUAUCAAAAUAUACAACCAACUGAGUGAAGCCAAUUGCAAAGAUUUUUUUUCAAAUAAAUACAUCAACUUCCUCGUGUAUGUAAAAAACAUACUUACAUUGCCCCGGCAGAAACUGCUACUCUGUCCGGUUAAAAACAGACACUUUUUUUUCUACAUAAAGAGUAAGCGAAUGAGCGGUGAAAAGACUCUCCCCAAAUUUUGCCAACAGGAUUAUUAUGUACUCCCAAAUAGCAGAAAUUCGCAAAUUUCUCGAACCAAGUAUUAUGCAGCCGAUGAGGCAAAUCAGCUGGCAGAUCAUCCAAGGAAAAACAUCCUUGAACAGGCCAUUUACAACAUAUUUCAGUCUCUCAAUCCGUUCGGCAAACUGCAAAGGAGAAGCGAUGCGGAUAGCUACUCCGGAUGGGACGCUAAUCAGGAAUACAGCUCCAUCAAAUCUGUCCACGAUAGGAGGAGGGGAGACCCCUAUGACAGCUCCAUCAGCGUCGACACAGACGGGUUUAUCGAGGAACGGAAAAAAAAAGGAGUGAACAAAGAGGGAAGAAGAAGGAAGAAAGAAGAAAAGGAAGAAGAAGAGGAAAAAAAAAAAAAAAAUUAUGAACAUGGUCAGGUGGAAAGUGACGCGGAAAGGCGAAAUGGCCCAGCUAGCCAAAGCGAAAUUAUGAACAAUUCGGGAAGUGAAAAAAAAAAAUCGGCCACGAGUUCCCGCACGUCGGAGGGCGAACAAUGUGAUGGAGUCACCGCGCAGGAGUCCCAGGGGAGCGUCUCCAGUGAAGAGAGUAAAAGCGAAGACGACAACUCAGGUGUAGAACGGCACUCUUAUAACGAACACAGCUAUAGGAGCCAAUCCGACGUGAGCAGCCUACACAGCGGAGAUCUCGAAGAACAGAAGUCCACACGUGGGAGGUCGAGCGGCAGCCCGUUCGAAAUGACACCGGAAGAAAAAAAAUACUGCAUGAAGGUGUACAUGAAAAAUUCCAGCGAACAGUUUGACAGAAAAGUGAUGAUUUUAAAAAAUGACAAAAUUUAUUUUUACAACUCUGAGUAUGCCAUAUCAUACGAUUCCUUCUACUUCCUCAUGGAAAUAAAAAAAAUAUACUCGUGCGAUGGUUUUUUCGACUCGCUCAUCAAUUCGCAACGGAUAAGUGUCGUCAACUCCACGUACUCCUCCACGGAGGAUGAGGAGUUCUACUCCAGGAGCGCGGGCAGCCUUUCGUCCGAGAGCGGCUGGCAGAAGUGUGGCUUCGAUGCGAAAAUAAUUUUCCACAACUCGCUGCGCAAAAACAUACAGCUCAUGUUCAUUGAUGAGUCAUACGAAAAAAUGGUGAGCAGGAUUAACAGCUCCUUAGUGCACGAAACGGACAGGACAUUCGCAUACGCACACUUGAGUUACGAUGAGGGAGUGGAAAGAGACCUCCUCUGUCACUAUCUGCAAUUAAUUGUGAACGAGCAAGGCGAUAGUUCUAAAAGCUUCAGUUCCAAUGACAGCAACAGUGCGUUUGCAAAUGGUGAGCCAGGUGGGGGAUCGAGCAGCGACAGGCAGAGUGACGCGCCAAGUGAUGCACAAAGUGAUAGGCGUUGUGACGCGCACAAUGGCGGGUUCGUGGAGGAGACGGAGGAGGGCUCCGGCAGGGAUGCCACUCGUUCGUACGAGAAAUUCCAGUCGAGCGAAGAGGGGGAAGUCCAGCACAGCGCAGGCAGAGAAAAUAUUUUGCCAAAAAAAAUAAAAGUCCGGAAGGAAAACAAAAUGAAGCUUUUCAAAAAUAUCGACAAGAAUGACAUUUACAAUUUGUUUUACGAGGAAAUUUGCAGACUCUGCAAGAACAAAAAUAACAACAUUUCCAAGAAAAAUUCGGACGACCUUUUUUUCCACAAGUCUGUGAAUAGGCUGUACCAGACGGCCAACCUGGGAUAG